AUGACUCCUCCAGCGAACACCCUCCUCCCAUCGUGGACGGCGCUGCUGCUGCUGCUGAUGAUGAUGACAUCACUUCCUGUGUCGGCCGUGGAGCCGGAGACGUGUUUCUCCAGACAGCACCAGAGCGCCAUCGUGAACGUCAGACAGGCGUUGAACCGGCCGACCACGGUGAUGGACGCCCGCGUGGUCCGGACGGAGAGAGACUGUGUCCUCGCCUGCUGCUCAGAGGACGUGAAACCAGGCGCUAAAUGCAACAUGGCCGUGUUCAACGCCGACAAACACGACGGAGACGAUAACUGCUUCCUGUUCCACUGUCAGACGGAGCAGGACUGUCCUCUGAUGAAGGCUCAGGACGGGAUCAACACCUACGACAUCUACAAAGGUUUGAUUCAUCCGUCCACAGUGAGACCUGUAACCAUGACGACCACCACGGAACAGACCACCACCACCUCCACCACACCGGCCCCAACUACACCACCAACCACACAACCCACCACCACAACAACCACCACACAAAGUACAACAACAACACCACCAACCACAACCACGGCUCCAACCACAACCACGGCUCCAACCACGACACCAACCACCACCACGCAGGCUCCCGCCACCACAACAGCACCUCCACCCAUCAUCAUCAUCAUCGCCACGAUGCCUCCAGUAGCUCCAGCACCCACCUCCACCUCCACCUCCACCACCACCUCCGCCACCACCACAGCUAAAACCACCACAACAGCAGCUUCUACAACUACAACUACUGCUGCCAUGAAGAAGCCAAACAAACCCAUCAAAAAGCAAAACAAAUCAACCAAGAAAGUGAAGCCUCAUCCGCUCACAUCCACCCGGCCUACGCAGAGCUCCACCACAUCCACCCGGCCUACGCAGAGCUCCACCACAUCCACCCGGCCUAUGCAGAGCUCCACCACAUCCACCCGGCCUACGCAGAGCUCCACCACAUCCACCCGGCCUAUGCAGAGCUCCACCACAUCCACCCGGCCUACGCAGAGCUCCACCACAUCCACCCGGCCUACGCAGAGCUCCACCACAUCACUUCCUGUUGUCACGGCCAAUAGGAAGGCUGCACCAAGAACUACCCAGAAACCACAGGGCGGCUGCAGGGUCGGCGGCGCGGGGGCGGUGAAGAGCGGCGUGGUGGCGUUCAUGGUGCUGGGGCUCGCCGUGCUCACGCUGGCUCUGGCCGUCGGCGGCCGGAAGGCGAUGGAGUCCUUCGACAGACGGCACUACACCCGACUGGAGCUCAACGACCUCCACUACGAGGUGUGA